AUGAGCAGCGAUAGGGAAGAAAAGGACGACCCAAAUCAUAUGCCAUUGUUUGCCACAGACAGGAUGAUAAUGACAGUAGAUGAAGGACCUCUGGCACAAGAUUUACCAAUAACGAUGAACGGCACUGGAUACCAACGUCGGAACGAUGAUUCCAACAUUGCUAUUAGUCUGCAUAGGGAAAGGAUACGUUUGGCAACUGAUUCCAAUGAUGAGGUUGAUAUAGUAGGUGCUUUCGUUACCACUGUAGAUGCAAAUAUUUAUGACGAUAAUAUUCAAAAUGACGACGAAGACGACUAUUGCUGGGAGGACAUUUCCUUUCAUUCCGAAGAAAGGGACAAGCAUGGCAAACAAGGCAAUGAACAGAAAGAAUUUCUAGAGGACGAGAAGCAAGAAAAUAUUUUCUCAAGAACAAUAGCUGGUUGGUUGAAGCUUGGUAGUCCGAAAUCAGACAAUGGUUCGCACCAUGAGGACCAUGAGGGAAUACGCCAAUUCGCACGGGAUGCAGUCAUAAAGUCGGCAGCUUUGCCACUAGAACAUACAUCAGAUUACGAAUUGAAUCAGCCUGGCGACCCAUAUGAAAGAGAAACUCAGCGAAGUCGAUUCAGUGCCGUUUUGAGAUUGUGGACAGCUGCUGAUAAAAACAACGAGAGUGAAUCACCUCUGUGCAAUGUGGAGGGGCACACACUAGGGGACCCAGUAUCCGAUGUGUAUGCCGAAUCAACUAGUCAUAGUUCUGAUGCUGGAUCCAUAGAUCAGGAUUACGAAGAUUCUAACGUUGACCUGACGAUCAGUGCCCU